AUGGCAGCUGACAGUGCCAGAAGGCGUUCUCGUUCAAAAUCCAAAUCUUCAGAACAACAAAUACCAAUAAUAACUCCAAUCCGAACUGCCCCACAACCCCCAUCAACUACACAAAAUGAAAUAAAAGAUUUCGAAAAGGAAAAUAUUCCUUCUUCUGUUCCCCAUUUAAUUGAAAAUAAAGAUCAGUCUGAAUUAAAUAAUAAUUUAAUUGAAGAAAUAAAAUUGGUAGAGACUAGUGAAAAUGUUGAAUUAGUAGAGGAUAAUGCUCCUCCUCAAUCACCUAGGCUUAAACGUUCACCAGCAAUGAAUUUAACAACUUUCACUAGUGACACUACUUCUGCUACAACUUUCUCUAUGCCCUCCUCUUCUUCUGUUGAAGAUAAAAGGAUUGUGACGGUGGGUGAUUUUUUAAAGUGUGUGUGUGGAUUCUUGUUUUGUGAUUGUCUAAAUAAAAUUAAUAUUUCGUGUAGUAUAUUUUUUAGACUUUUUAAAAUUUUCUUAGAAUUUUCUCAAGACAUUCUACUAUAUUUUUAUUGAAUUAAAUAUUUUCUUUAAGUUUGAACUUUUUAAAUUUUUCUUUUCCUUAUUUCACUUAAUUUUAUAAUAAUAAUGUUUUAAUUAAUGAUUAAAUGUAUUAUAAUCGAGUUGCGAGAUUAAACUUAAUUAAUUUCUAAAAUUAUCAGAAUUAAAAAGUUUUUCUUUCAAUGUUAUUUUUUUAUUUAUCUCUAUAAUUUUUUAUUUUAUAAUUGACUAUUUAAAUUUUAAUUCCCUUAAACUCCAAUUUAUUUUAAAAAUAUAUUAUAUAAUUACUAUUUUUCUAACAUUAUUUUACUCAUUUUUCUAGUAUUUCUUUAUUUAGAGAUUUAUCUUAUUCUAAAAAUAUAUUUUUAACAAAAAUUCUCUCAAUUUAUUUAUACUUUUUUUCAUUUCAACUUCUCCACCCUCACAAAUAUAUUCUUUUCACUCGCCUCACUUCCUUCAUUUACAGAUGCCAACUCUUCACGCCAAUACCGGAAACAUUGCCCCAGGCAAUGAAAGCAGGGUUUUUUAGUUAUUUUCUUUAUGUUAGUCUAGGCCAUUUAUGUCCUUUUUCUGUCUAUAUUUGCAAGCAUUUUAGAGUAUU